AUGGCUAAAGCAUACAGACAGUCUAAUUUUAAUAGCUUGAUGGAAAUAGUUCAAAAUAUAGAUGUGGGAGUUAAGAAAUAUUUGGAGUUGGCAGGAUAUGACAAGUGGUCAAGGGUGUACGCACCUGUUCACAGAGGAUGGAGAAUAACAUUAAAUAUUGCAGAGUCUAUUAAUCCAGCACUGAUAAUAGCAAGACAGAAGCAAAUUUAUAAUUUUCUUGAAGAAGUGAGAAAGAUGUUUGGGCCAUGGAAUUGCACUAAUAGGCAAAAUGUUUCCUUCACAUACAUAACACUUGGCAUAAAAUUUCAAGAGAUUUUUACAAUGAGUGAUACCCUAUCAGCAUGUAUGAUGGUAACACCGUCAACAAACUACCUAUGUGCAGUAAAUGACAAAGGAAAAAUCUUUAUUAUCUGCCUUGAAAAUAAAAAAUGCAGUUGUGGACAGUUUCAAUAUGAUGAAAUACCAUGCCCACAUGCUUUGACUGUUUUAAACAAGAAGAAAUUCAAAUCCGAUCCAUAUUGCUCAGAAUAUUACAAGCCAGAAACUGUGUUGAAAAUGUAUGAGAUUCCUGUGUAUCCUUUUUCGGAUGUGAUUGGCUGA